CUCUACACGGACUAGAAUCGCGACUUUAACAUUCUUUAUAUAUAAUAUCUGUCAGGCCUGUCUCUUGUUAGCCACGAAACUUUGCUCGUUUUAAUUCUGCGAAGGGAAUUUGUCUAUACCUGCGACCCUAGAUUUAGAAAUUAGGCGUUGUCUGUCGAUAAACGACUUCCGGACUUACGAUUAUAGACUGUACCCAUUCAUAGACUAGGUCCUUAGGAUCUAAAGCCGUCAAGAUGGUGAACAUAACGGAAAAGAUCAAGGAGAUUGAGGAUGAGAUGAAAAGGACGCAGAAGAACAAGGCAACAGAAUACCACCUUGGACUUCUAAAAGGAAAGCUCGCACGUCUAAGAGCGCAACUCCUCGAGCCCGGUCCAGGAGCAGGUGGAGGAGGCGGCGCGGGAUUCGAUGUCAGCAAGAGCGGCGACGCGCGAAUAGCGCUGGUCGGGUUUCCAUCCGUCGGUAAAUCGACGUUCUUAUCGAAGGUGACUAAAACGAAGUCCGAAGUUGCCUCAUACGCCUUCACAACCCUUACAGCUAUCCCCGGUGUGCUCGAGUACGGCGGCGCGGAAAUCCAACUGCUCGAUCUGCCGGGAAUCAUCGAGGGCGCUGCGGAAGGCAAGGGUAGAGGACGACAAGUGAUCUCGGCCGCCAAGACGAGUGAUCUCAUCCUUAUGGUCCUCGAUGCGACGAAGAGGGCGGAGCAAAGGGCCCUGCUAGAGGCCGAGCUGGAAGCUGUCGGGAUUCGAUUAAAUAGGGAGCCACCGAACAUAUAUCUAAAGGCCAAGAAAGCCGGCGGCAUGAAGAUCAACUUCCAGUCAUCCCCGAAGAACCUGGACGAAAAGAUGGUGUUCAACAUCUUGCGAGACUACAAGAUGUUAAAUUGCGAAGUCCUGAUUCGAGACGAUGAGGCGACAGUCGACGACCUGAUCGAUGUCAUCAUGAAAGACCAUCGCAAGUACAUAAAAUGUCUUUAUGUAUACAACAAGAUAGACAGUGUUUCCCUCGAUUUCCUGGAUAAGUUAGCGCGCGAGCCGCAGACCGUCGUCAUGAGUUGCGAGUUAGACCUGGGCAUUCAAGACGUGGUAGACCGGUGUUGGAAGGAAUUGCGAUUGAUCAGAAUCUACACGAAGCGGAAAGGUAUCGAUCCUGACUUCAGCGAAGCGCUCAUUGUGCGCAGCAACGCUACUAUCGAAGACGUCUGCGACCGAAUCCACCGGACCUUGAAGGAUACGUACAAGUAUGCUUUGGUAUGGGGCGCAAGUGCUAGACAUAUCCCGCAGAGGGUUGGUCUGGGACAUGUAGUGGCCGACGAGGACGUGGUAUACAUAGUCAGUGGUUAUAAGGCAUAGUAUAAUAGCAUAAUCAAUCGCGUCACGCAAUUAUACG